GCCAGACCCGCGGGGCACAUUGUGACUCUUUCUUCCUCACUUUCGUCAUCCCCCCUCCCCUUCGGACCAGCACAUUUUCUAAAUUCCUCUCUCUCUCAUUAUCCACCCAUCCAGGUCAAACCCCCCUCUUAUCUUCGCCUCACCACUCCGAGGUUCCCCGCCUUAAACCCCCACCCCACGCAAGCAACCAAGCAAAAGCGUCAAUCAGUCAUACGGAAAGAAGAGCGCGAGACAUAACACCCACCCAACCACCCACUCACCGCACCCGCCCACCACCAUGUCCUCUCUCAUCGAAGUCACCUCGGAGGCCGAAUUCCCCCACUACAUCUCCUCCCUCCCCCCAUCAUGCCUGCAAGUCCUCUACUUCCACGCCCCCUGGGCCGCUCCGUGCGCCCAAAUGCGCGCCGUCCUCUCCGCCCUCGCCUCCCAAUACCCUGCGACCAACCCGCCCUCCAUCGUCUUCCUCAGCGUUAACGCCGAGGAACUCCCCGACAUCUCGGAAGAAUACGACGUCACCGCCGUUCCCUUCGUCGUCCUCGUCCGUGACGGCACCAUCCUCGAGUCCAUCAGCGGCAGCGACGCUAUCCAAGUGCGCAAUGCCGUCGAGCGCCACGCCGGCGGAGCCCCCGCCGCCGCCGCCGCAGAUGGCCUCCCCAAGACUGUCAUCCCCCCGCCAUUGACCGCCGUUCCGAGAGAGAAUGUGCCCACGACCGCUACCCAGGCCCCCGUCACAGCUAAUGGCGCCGGCGCCGCCCCCGCCUUGACCCCCGAACAGUCCAAGGAGGCCCUGUUCGCGAGACUAGCGGAGUUGGUCAAGGCUGCGCCGGUCAUGCUGUUCAUGAAGGGGACGCCCAGCUCGCCGCAGUGUGGCUUCAGUCGCCAGCUCGUGGCCAUUCUCCGCGAGAAUAGCGUCAAGUAUGGGUUUUUCAAUAUUUUGGCCGAUGAGGAUGUCAGGCAGGGGUUGAAGGAGUUUGCGGAUUGGCCUACUUUCCCGCAGCUGUGGGUGCAGGGAGAGUUGGUUGGUGGUUUGGAUAUUGUCAAGGAGGAACUUAACAACGACCCCGAUUUCCUGGGUCAGUUCUCUGUUAACAAGGCUCCUGUUGCCUAGGCUAUAGAAUAUGUGAAUAAUACGGAUUAGCUACGUUUGUUGCUCUCUGAAAUCUAUUUUUCUCUCUGUUUUCACCAGUCUCCGUCGCCAGCAUGACUUGUUAGUCUAUGGCCUAGCGAUGUGGGUGGGUUUCAAAGCUAGGAUUUGGUUGUGCCGCGCCUUCCCCCGGCCUCCUGGUUGAUUAUAUACUUUUCCAGAUAAUCCAUGUGUCAGUGUUGCUGGGGGGGACUGUUCCAGCGAUGGAAAUGCUAAAAGACUAAUACCCUUAUAUAUACAAUGAUAUAUUGCCACU